CAUCUCACCUGCCAUCGCCUCUCCUCUGUCUCUCUCAUACAAUUUCUUUCUCUUUUUUCUUUUUUUUUUUAAAUAAAAAUUUGCCAUCUUCUAAUCUUCUGAAUUAAGGGAUUUUUUUAAUGGUGUUUUUUGCAUGGAGGGCUUCAGGAGAAUUGAGUCUCGGGCGAGUUCAGAGGCCUCUGCCCUUGAGUUGACGACUCUUGAGAGGUCACCGGGGUUUGCUCACCAAGAACAAGGUCCAAGCUUGGAUUCUCUGCUGACAGAGUCUACCUCUACAGAAUGGACAGAUGAGAAGCACAGUUUAUACCUUAAAUCCAUGGAAGCAUCAUUUGUUAAUCAGUUAUAUGAUUCUAUGAAUUGUCUUGGCUGGAACUUGCAGAAGGAGAGGUUGCCAGGAUCAAAAUCAUCAAGGCCAGCAGAUUGUGCCUCUUCUGGCCAGUUUAAAGUUCUUCGAGGUGGUUGCUGGAAGAAGAUCAAUUUUGAAAGACCUGGAUUUCAACUAAAUAAAAAAGACGAUUCUUAUUGUUUUGUGGCAAGUCCUUGGAUCCAGCACUUGAGAUCUGGAUCUAAGUCUCGUGUUUUAGCCUCCUGUAGUCUUCAAGGUAGUGCUUCAUGCAAAGAGGUGUCAGAUCAGAACUUUGUAGAUGAGGAACAAGGUGAAGAGGCAAGCAACGAAUGCGGCUCCAAGAAGCUGAAAACUCUGGUAACUGAUGCUUCAUGCAAUGAUCAGGUUGUUCCAUAAGGUGAAUCCUCCUUUAUCAGAAGUAGCUGAAUGUCUACAGCCGCAACUCCAGCAGUAAGACCCACUUGGAAAAGGCAAAUGGUUUGUGUAAUUACAUGCUGAUACAGUGAACAAACCAAAUGAAACUCCAUGGAUAUUAAUUUUUGGUGACUUCUGUAUCCUAAAUUUCAAUUACUGAACGUUUGUGUUACCAGUAUGAACAUAUAUAAGUGUGUGACCCUGACAGAGCCCGAGACAAAGAGAGAUCGGAUUUGUUCAUGUAGGCCUUUUCUUCUUGUACGUGGCGUCAGCAUUUAGUGCUAGAAAUACCAUUUUUUGUUUAUUACUGCUUUUAUUUACACGAUUAUUAUCAAGCUUCUUUUAAGUA